AACUGCUUUGUUUGUAAAAUGUGCUACAGAAAUAAAGUGGAUUUGGACAAUAUAUCUUAUACAGUUGUGCAGUGCAGUACCAACACCAAACUCCAUACUGUAAAAACCACGUGAGAAUGUUCUGUACCUCUUACAGUGACAUGUCACUCCUGGCUGGCCAAUCAGCUUCAACCUUGUUUCAUAAAAUAGUUGAGACACCAUCCUUAUCUUUCACUGAAGACUAGAAUAUGAAGAGGAUGGCGUCUUUGCAGAUUCUCCUUUCCGUCCUUCUCUUACUACAUCUGGAUGAAACAGUGAAGAGCAGAGAUUCUCAGCCUUCAGUGAAAGUUCAAACAGUCAAAACUACUUUCCUGCCAGCCACAGUUGGACAGAAUGUGACUUUGCAAUGUUCCUACAAAAAUGAAAUUAGUGGAAAACUGUACUGGUACAAGCAAAAUCUGGAGAACACCCUGAGGAUGACCUCGUCGUAUUUUGACAAGAGUGAAUUUUACACUGAUUUCCACAACAACGAUCGCUUCAAACUGGAUAACAAAGACAAGAAAAAUAACUUGGAAAUCACAAAUGUAAAAAUCUCGGACUCGGCUGUGUACCAUUGUAUACGUUGUGUGGGCCAUUUUAUGGAUUUCUUGGCAACUGUUUAUGUGACUGUUAAGAAUUUUCACUCAGGAUUUCAAAUCGAUCAAAUGGCGUUGGAGACAGUCAAACCAGGACGCUCUUUGGUUCUGAACUGUAAAGUUAAAUUUGGAACAUGUGCAGGACAAUACAGGGUUCACUGGUUCAAACAGUCUGAAGAGUCUGCAGCAGGAGUCCUGUACAGUCAUGGAGGCAGCAGUGAUCAGUGUGACAACAACACCAACACUUCAACCAACUCCUGUGUGUACAGCCUCCCCAUACACAAUGUGAGCUCAGAGCAGACUGGGACCUACUACUGCGCUGUGGACGCCUGUGGACAAGUCCUGUUUGGGAACGGGACCAGUGUCAAUAUGAAAACCACAGUCGACCCUGUUUUCUACAUCCUGACUGGAGCUCUGGCGUUCACCUCGGUCUUGGUUGUGCUUCUGGGUUUCUCUCUGUACAUUGUGAUGAAGAAAAACAAAAGACAGAAUACAGCACCAGUGUAUGAGGACAGCGGGUCUUUAUCUGCAAUAGGAAACACAGAGAAUGAUCCAGACCACCUCCAUUACGCUGCUUUGAGCGUCAACAUGAAGUCCAGGAGACAGAGGAACACUGACCCAAGUGACUGUGUGUACUCCAGGGUACGGUAGCUCAACUAGGACAUUUUCUGUGUAUUGUAUGUAAACUGAAUAAAAUGCAUGUCAA